AUGAAGCUGGGUUAUAGCUGUUGUCUCGGUUUACAUAAACAUCCGGGUGGUUCAAGACAUCGUGUUCACCUCCUGGCUAAGUUUGGCUCAUUGAUCUCUAUCGAAGGAGAAGGAGACUCGACGGAUUCCGACAAUGAGUCGGGUUCGUUGGAACUUAUGACACCUUCGGAAAGGAUCCUUCGGGAAAGACCAGUAAAACCAUCAACAAAAGCUAAAGAGAUGCAGGCUAAGGCUCGUGGACGGGGAAAUCGAGGACGGGGAAGUCGAGGUGGACGUGGCUAG